AUGCCUGCCAGCACCACAGUUUCCGCUUUCGCCCGGUGGGAGGUCGCCAUCUUCCUCGCCGCCGCCUUUAUCUGGGUCCAAGUUCUGCUCUACGUCUUGCGCAUUGUUGCCGACUGGCAACUUGCUCGCGCUGCGCAGCAGCAGCAACGAGAAUACCGCGCAGCCCUCGCUGUCGUCGCCCAGCAACAACGCGAGUGGCUGGAGAUGAUGAACAGUCGUAGCUACGAGACGGCCAUCCAGGUGCAAGAACCUGCUGUGGCUGCCAGAAGGGGCGCAGAGCACCGGGCGCAGCUACGCCGCGAGCUGGAGGCUGACCUCGCGAGACUCGAGGAGAUGAACGAGCAGGACAAGCUAGAGGAAUAG